AUGGUUUUUCUCUUGUUCACCUUCUCCAAGGCAAAGGAAAUUCUGGUUGGUGGCAAAGAAAAUUCAUGGACUCUUCCGUCAAAUUCCUCGGAGAGUAUUACUCAUCUUGAUGAAUGGGCCAAAAACACCAUAUUUGAACGUGGCGAUAUUCUCAUAUUCAAGUUCGACCCCAAAAAGGACUCGGUGCUCCGAGUGACGGAGAAGAACUUCAACGGCUGCAACACAUCAAAGCCGCUCGAAAGAUACAGGAACAAGAAGACGCUGAUAGAGUUGGAUCAGUGCAAACCGUUCUAUUUCAUCAGCGGGGCAAAGGGCCACUGCCAGAAGGGCCAGAAGGAAUCGCAAACAACAGAAAGAGCUGCUGAGAAAACUGCAAAUCCGAGCCUUGGUGGACGUACUAGAGGUCGUGAACGUAAUGGUGGUAGGCAUGGAGGAGAAGCAAGCGGAAGUGCUAGUGUAAGUGUUGCAAGUUCUAAGAAGAAAAGCAAGCGCACCUCAAAAGUUUAG